GCUAGACUCUGCGCUAGCUUAUGGCAUGACGUAUGGCAUCAUCGAACCACAUAUGUGUUGACGUGGAAGUCGAGGCAAAACCAAAGACGACGACGCGUGGAAUUCAUAUCACCCAGCUGCCAGAAUCCAUUUUAAUCACACCCCGGCACCGCUUUGCUCUCUCUUUCUGAGACUCUCUCCCCCUCUCCCUCUGACUCUCUCUCGAGUAAGACAUAAGGGGCGGCGGCGAGCGGCGAGCGGCGACCAUGGCCGUUGUUGAGGGCGGCGGCAACAAGAAGGCGGCGUUGGUGGCGGAGAGCGUGGCGCUGCCGGCGAGCAUGGUGCUGGUGCAGCUCUUCUCGAUCGUGCUGGUGCUCCUCUCCAAGCUCGCGCUCAACACCGGCAUGCGCCCCUUCGUCCUCCUCGCCUACCGGAACAUCAUCGGCGCCGCCGCAAUCGCGCCUCUCGCCUUCAUCUUCGAGAGGAAAGCAAGGAAAAUCCCUAACCUCGUAGAGUGGGGAUGGAUUUCCAUAAAUGCCACAUUCGGGGUUAUCCUCGCAAUGGGGCUUUACUACUUCGGCCUGCGUGGCACAAAUGCUACAUACUCCGUCGUCUUCCUGAACCUGAUCCCCAUCGUCACGUCCAUCAUAGCUAUCCUACUCCGAGCAGAGAAGCUGAUGCUAACAAAAUGGCCUGGCAAGAUGAAGUUCUUUGGUAUCUUGGUAUGCGUGGGGGGGACAAUGGUGGUCAGCCUCUUCAAAGGCAAGAUGCUGCACAAUCCUUGGCCUACCCACCUGCUGAGGCCCCAUACUCAGGGAGCAGCAACUCCGGCCGUUCACCACAGUAUGGUCGCUGGCACAUUGUUCCUGUGCGGUAGCUGCCUCGGAUACGCCUUUUGGUUCAUCAUACAGGUUAGGCUUGCUAAGGUGUUCCCAUUUAAGUAUUGGGCGACGACCCUGACGUGUCUAUCAGGAAGCCUGCAAGCUUUUGUGAUUGGCAUUCUGAUCGACCCUGACAAGUCAGCAUGGAGGCUCAACUGGGACCUGCAAUUACUCACAGUCGUCUACUCGGGGGUGUUCAACACCGGUGUCGCGUUUCUCCUGAUGUCGUGGGCGGUGAAGCGUCGAGGGCCGAUCUACCCUUCCAUGUUCAACUCACUGGCGAUGAUUGCCACCGUUAUCAUGGACUCGGCAUUGCUCGGCACUAGCCUCUUCUUAGGCAGCAUUGUGGGGACACUGCUGGUCAUUCUGGGGCUGUACGCGUUCCUGUGGGGGAAAGGGAAGGAGCUGCAGGAAGCUAUGGCGGCAGCGGCUGCCGCGAAAAGCGCCAGCGAUAAGGAGGACGCCGUAAACGGCGAUGAGGUGGGCGGGCGCGAAUUGGAGGUGCGUCGUGGCGAUGAAAUAGCAUAGGGACUGUAGGCUAGUUCAUCCUGACCAACGAUGGUGAUAUAGGUGUAAGUAAAUGUUCAGUGCCAUUUCUGUGCACAGUUUCUCUGGAAGGAAAUAAAACUCUGCGGGAACUGAAGUGUUGAAUAUCUUCACAUCUUGUGUUUGUUCAGUGGCCUUGUAAUCGUCAGUCAGUUCACUUAUCAUUUAUUUUGUUUU